GUCUUUCUUUUGAAACGGUGGGAGCCAUUCGAGGUCCGGCGGGGCGAGGAGCCGGAGGGCCAGCGGGGAAGGGCGGGACCGACUGAGGCCCGCUGCGGCUGCUGGGUGCUCUGGGGGCGGUGGCAGGAUCCAAGGCCCAGCCCUUCGAAAAACAACAUGGUGUCGUGCAUCAUUUCCCGAGUCGUUGUGUUGGUCUUUGGAAUGCUGUAUCCUGCUUAUUAUUCCUACAAAGCUGUAAAGACCAAAAAUGUCAAGGAAUAUGUGCGGUGGAUGAUGUAUUGGAUUGUAUUUGCUCUUUAUACAUUUACUGAAACAGUAACGGACCUCUUGAUAUCUUGGUUUCCACUAUAUUAUGAACUGAAGAUUGCUUUUGUUGUUUGGUUGCUGUCUCCAUAUACAAGAGGGGCAAGUUUAAUAUAUAGAAAGUUUCUUCAUCCUCUUCUUUCUUCAAAAGAAAGGGAGAUUGAUGAGUACAUUGUGCAAGCCAAAGAACGUGGUUAUGAAACAAUGGUGAACUUUGGUAAACAAGGCUUAAACUUAGCUGCCACUGCUGCAGUGACUGCCGCUGUAAAGGGUCAAGGAGCAAUAACAGAGAAAUUGCGGAGUUUCAGUAUGCAUGACCUCACAGCAAUACCAGAUGAUGAGCCAAUAGGACAAAGGCACUACCAGACUUUGCCUGCUACCAAAAAAAAAAAGGGCUCAAUUCCCAAUGAACCCUUAGGUUAUGGUAUUCCAGUAAAAAAGGAUUCUGAAGAUGAUAAAACAGAUGAAGAGAGGGAAGGGACAUAUUCAGAAGAUGAGAUGUUUGCUCAAAGAGGUCUUCGUCGAACACAAAGUAUGAAAUCUGUAAAAACGAUAAAAGGACGCAGAGAGGUGCGAUAUGGCUCACUAAAAUACAAAGUGAAGAAAAGGCCACAAGUAUACUUCUAAUCUACACCGUUCAGCUAAAAACAAACAUCUGUACUAAUAGUUAUCUAUAGGCCUGCUGUGUUCUGGUCCUGUGCCUUCUUCCCAUUCUCUGAGAAACAGUUGGCAUUUAUGGAUUCAUAUUCUCAACACAGCUUUAUUUCAGUCACACAAGUGAAAGGAAGAGACCACCUGGAUGCAUGUUAUCUUUGGUUUCACAAGUACCAAAAAUUAAAUUAUAUAUAUUUUUUCUUUUGAGAGGAGGAACCAAUUUUUACUAAAUGAAACGUUUGUGAAUCUGAAUAGCUCUUUAGAUUUCUGUGCUUCAUCAAUGAAAUAAUUUCAUGAGAUUCUUAAUUGUGGCUUCAGUGUUAGCUGAUGUCCAGUGCUUAAUAAACAUGGCACAUCUGUAGAAUUUCUGUACUAUAUUGGGCAACAUGUGGUUGAAAUACAUUGUAUUCUAAAAUUCCCACAGUUGUCCAAGUCGAGAGCAUGAAAGAUUGAAGAUCACAGGGCAUAUUUUGGAAGUAAUCCUCUGAAUGGCUUGGGUCCAAAGAGUUGUUUAAGGUCAUGGAAGGGAGCUGCACCACCUCAUAAAACCAGCCAUUUUCAUUUCAUUUAGAAAUUCCUUUCAAUGCCCUGUGACAUGAAGACACUUGUUGGGUUAGGUUGUUUCUUUGUGGCUUUUGUAUUUUGCUGUAAUGGUUUGAGUUAGCCUGUGCAUUUAGCAUAGCUGAUGAUGAAAAUCAUAGUUGCCUGUUUCUGUACAGUCAGCAAUUUAUAUUCCUUUCUUCCAUCCAUCCAUCCAUCCAUCCAUCCAUCCAUCCAUCCAUCCAAAUAGGUUCAGCACCAGUAGGGGAUCUGCUGUCCAGAUUUUCAUGCAAAGAAUCUUUACAGCAUUACUUGUUGAAAGCUGAAACUUUUGUAUGCAAAAUAUUGUUCUACUAAUUAAUACUAUCUUUUUUAUCAACUACUACUUAUGAGUGUACUGAAACAGGUUAAAGGAUUUCAAAGGUAUCCUUCGAAAUUGAAUUUAGUUUGCCUAUUGUAUGUAAAAAGGAAUAGGAAUAUGUUGGAUAGAAAAAAAACACACCAGAUUCUGCAGUCAAAUAUAUUUUAUCAUGUGUUGCACAAAUUUAAUGAUAAUUGACAUCUAACCAGCACUUUUGAAAAAAAAAAAUUUUUCAAAAAAAAUUGCAUUUUGUAGGUGUUUUCAGAAAUUUUUCAUGUUUGUGUGUGUUUUUAAGUGUUGUUUGGGUGACUUAUUUAUCUAUAACCAAGCUGAAGUGUUCUUAUUUGGGCUGUGCUUAGAUGUGUAAGGGAUAAGAGAAAACUAGAGUACUUCAAUUGUUUGAUUAGUAGGCUAGACAAAGCCCUACUCUGUACAGAUGACAUUGAUUGCUUACUUCAACCUUUUCUCGCAGCAAAAUCUGGAAUUCUUAUAAAGUCAUGCAUGUAUUUAAAGGUCUGAUUUUUGAAGUGGUAGUUUGGAAAACAUUGCUCUGCUAGUUUCUUGAAAGAUGACUUGCCUUUGCUGGUCAAAAAAGUCUUCCUAUCUUUUAGGAUAACAUGCUUUAAGUAUUGCAUCUGGAUGUAAAAAAUCAUGUCAAGUGCUUUUAAAAUAAUAUUUAACAAUUAAAGAAAUUGAUAGUUGAUAGUUUUCGGCUUAUCAUAGCUAUAAAUCCUAGCAAUAUUUUAAAAAUAAUACUUGAAAAAAAUGGGUUUUUUUUCUCACUUGAAACUAGGCUUUAAGCAAAAGUAAGUAAAUCCCAAAAGAAGAUUCAGUUUUUGGCUUAAGAAGAAACUAAUAAUAAUAAUCAGGCAAAAUAUAUAGUAUCCUCUGGAGAAGAGCUAACAGUGUGGAAUCCUGGAGGUCUAUCCAAUAUAAGAAAAUAAAUUAUACUUUCUAUAUUAUUCUGAGCAUCAGAAAUAGAUUUUAUCUCAGAAAGAGAACCUGCUUUUACAUUUCAUUGUAUUUAUUAGUGUUAUGUUGAGUACAGGAAGAAUAGAAUGUGAUUAAAAGGCAUACAAUAUGUCCUAGCAUUUACGUUUCCUAGUUUUCUCUUACUCUAGACCUUUGAUUGGGAAACUUUGUAUUAUAUAAGAAAGAGAACAUUCAUCUUAAUUUUAUGUUUCCUUUAAGGACAUUUGUCUCUUUAUAUAGAAAAGCUCACAGGGCUAAGUCAGGCAAAUAAUCAUCCCAACUUGUCUCUUCCACCACAUCAGACCAAAUUUAAACACUUCUUCAGUUGGCAUUUUAGGUUUUAAAAAAAUUAUCAAGGCAACAUCAAAUAAAUUUGAUUUCACAAUGCAAAAGGUAGGUUUAUUGGCUACUUUUAAGUUCUUGCUAUCUGUGUUACUGUAGAGCAGGAGUGUAAAACCUGUGUCGUCAUGGUGGCGUCAUGUGACUUAUUGGGACUCCCCCCCCCUUUGCUAAAGUGAGUGGGGGUGGGGGGCAGCACGUGAUGCAUUUGGCCCGUGGGCCGCACAUUUGACACCCCUGCUGUAAAAGAUACUUCAGAAGCUUCAGGGAAUAAAGAGUGUUUCCUCUCUAGAAACCAGAGAGCCGUGGCUGGUGAUAUUGUCAGGGCUAUGUUUUGUGAGCAUGUUGCAUUUCCUUGUGUAGUGUUAAAAGCUGAAAAUUUGCUACUUCAUCCAUUUUGACAAUAUUCCUGUUUCUGUGGGUGUGUGACAGCUUUCAAUGGUGCAGUAGCUCCUUUCAAUUUCAGUCUUAAAUGACUAGAAUUUAAAUAACGGUAAAGUAAGAUAAUUAUUCACUCCUUAACACCCUUGCCUUAGGAACUGAAAAUGGAGUAGAGAGAAUGCCACAUGUGGCCUGCAGAUUGCUCACCUUUCAUUCCUCUGGUGUUGCCAGAGUAGGUACCCAUGUUUCUGUCUCUAGUUCUGAGAAGUUUUAGCCUGCAUGGCCAAUAUUCAGGGAUAACGAGCAUUGCAACCCCAAAUAUCUGGAAUUCACCUAGAAUUCAUUUUUGCCUGUUCCCCUCUUCCCCCAAAAGCAAUGUAUAAAGUAGAAACUUUUUAAAUAUGGAUGCACCUUAAAGAAAUAUCUCCCUCUACAAAUUCCCACAGCAAAGGCAUUGAGCACCAAAAGACUCAGGACUUGUUUCCAUGAAACUGCAAGUAGUAUAAUAUUCAAAAUCGGUAUAUUUCACUGAGCUAAAUACCAUUGUCACUAUCAUCAAACCUAUUUUCAGCUUCAUGGCAAGAUAAAUUCUAAAAUAUAAUGUAAUGGUUAUGCCAUACUGAUUUACCUGCUUUAAUCAAGAUACAGGGCUUCAUUAGGUCAAUGUAUUAGCAAGUAUUAUGCAAAAAAAUAUGCAAAGGGAACAAUGGACUUGUUAUUUAGUAAUUUUUAACAAAUGCAAUUUCAAUAUUUGGAUUCAUAAUUUUAAAGGUAAAGCUAACUUUUCUGUAAUAAUUGGCUGUAAACCUGUUUAUGUAUUUGUAGUAUUAAGAUAUGUCUUUUUCUAAAAUUUUGUACUGAUACUACUGUAUCUUCACAAUUGCUAUUUUUGAAGAUACUAAGGCUUAUAUUUUAAAAUUGUAAUAAAAUGCGCAUUUUCCAG